AUGUGCUUGGUUGUUUGUUCUCUUGUUGUUGGUUCUCUGUUGUUUUCAAAACUUGCAUUGCGGCUAAGAAAUCAUGAUAUCCAACCGAGACAAGAACUUGUUCAGGAAUACUUUUUUGGUUAUUUGGGUUACAAUUUGGAACCUUCUGAUGAUUUCUUCGAUCAAAUCCUCGGCCUUCCUAACUUCUCUGGUGGUGGGUUAGGCGGAGGAGGAGCACCGCCGAUGAUGCUGCAGUUGGGUUCAGGCGAGGAGGGGAGUCACAUAGGAAGUGGGAUUCACAGUCAGAUGUUUCCUCUAGGUUUGAGUCUUGAUCAAGUGAAAGGACCUAACUUUCUAACACCUGAAGGUGGUCUUGGAAGUGGGAAGCGUUUCUCAAAUGAUGUUGUUGAUCAUCGAUCCUCUUCUUCUAUGAAACCUAUAUUCCACGGGCAGCCGAUGCAACAGCCAGCUCCAUCAGCGCCGCAUCAGCCGACAUCAAUCCGACCUAGGGUUCGCGCUAGGCGUGGUCAGGCCACUGAUCCACAUAGCAUCGCUGAAAGGGUACGCAGGGAAAGGAUAGCGGAACGGAUCAGGGCGCUUCAAGAACUUGUACCUACUGUUAACAAGACAGAUAGAGCUGCGAUUGAUGAAAUUGUUGAUUAUGUAAAGUUUCUCAGGCUUCAAGUUAAGGUUUUGAGCAUGAGUCGUCUUGGUGGAGCCGGUGCUGUUGCUCCACUUGUUACUGAUAUGCCUUUGUCAUCAUCAGUUGAGGAUGAAGGGAGUGAAGGUGGAAGGACACCACAAGCAGCGUGGGAGAAAUGGUCUAACGAUGGGACUGAACGUCAAGUGGCUAAGUUGAUGGAAGAAAACGUUGGAGCUGCGAUGCAGCUACUUCAAUCUAAGGCUCUUUGUAUGAAGCCAAUCUCAUUGGCUAUGGAUAUUUACCAUUCUCAGCCUCCGGAUACUUCACCAUCCGUGGUUAAACCAGAGACGAAUCCUCCUCCACCCAAGGAUUCUUGUGCAAGUAAGGGCUUGUACAGCAAUCCAACAGCCCAUGACUCUGGUUUCUUGCUGUUUCACUUCCCUCCCACACCCGCUUCUUUGUGGGAGGUUGAUGAAGGAGCUUCGAGUAGUAGUAGUGGGAAGGUGUGGGACUUGUUGAGUUGA